CCCAAAAGCCCAGUCACGCCGGCGAGCCCAGUUCCUCCUCAUCGUUCACGCACGCUCCCGACGAGACGACGACCGGCGUCGGCAACAGCUCAGCCUGCUCCACAGCACUGCAUGCCAUCCCCCACCACGCUCGCCUCCUUCAACGCCCUCGUCGCCUCGCUCGCUCGCUCUGGCCGCUCGGCACAGGCGCUCUGCACGUUCUGCGACAUGCUUGGGCGGGGCUUCACGCCCGACCAUUUCACCCUGCCCCCCGUCAUCCGCUCCUGCGCGAUCACCGGCUCCGCUGCUCUCGCAUCAUCUUCGCACGCUCUCUCCGUCAAGAUUGGCGCCCAUGGGAACCUCUUCGUGGGGUCGGCGCUGGUGCUCUGUUAUGCCAGCCUGUCCAACCUCCCAGACGCCCGGAGGCUGUUCGACGGAAUGCGCCACAGGGAUUCCGUUUUGUGGACAUCCAUGCUAUCCGCAUACGCGCAAGGUGGGAAGCCAGAGGAGGCGCUGCGGUUCUUCGGGAGGAUGGUGGUAGCUGAGGUGCAGCUGGACGCUGUCGUCAUGGUUAGCCUUCUUCUUGCAUGCGGGCAGCUCGGGUGGCGACGCCAUGGGAGAAGCGUGCACGCGUGCUGUAUCCGGAUGUUUCUGGGGAUGCCGUUGUCGCUUGGGAACGCCCUUGUGGACAUGUAUGUCAAGUGUGGUGAGCUUGCAUUUGCCGAACAGGUGUUCUCUAUGAUGCCCAGACGGGAUGUUAUCUCGUGGAGCACGCUGAUAGUUGGCCAUGGUUUGAGUGGGCGUUCUGAUGUUGCUUUGAGGCUUUUUGACGAAAUGGGGAUUGAAGGAGUGGAACAGAACUCGGUCACAUUCCUUGGGGCCCUGUCAGCCUGUGCACAUUCAGGCAUGGUGGACAAAGCAUAUGCUAUAUUUGAGCAGAUGAAACAGCAGGGUAUCAAGCCUGAGCUGAAGCAUUACUCUUGCAUGGCUGAUGCGUUAGGGAGGGCAGGCCGUGUUAUUGAGGCAGUGAAUCUCAUAGAGGAAAUGCCUUGCAAACCUGACGAGGCUAUGCUUGGUGGUGUUUUGGCAGCUUGUCGAGUGCAUGGUGAAAUGGACGCUGCUGAACGGAUUUCAAAGAGAUUGAUGGGCAUGUCUCCUGCAAAGAGUGGAUACUAUAUGAGCUUGGCAAACAUAUAUUCAGAUGCUGGAAGGUAUGGUGAUGCAGAGAGAAUAAGAGGCUUCAUGAAAGAAGUAAAAGUUGACAAGCUUCCUGGAUAUAGUUCAGUUGAACUGGAUAUUUCUAUCUCCGAAUCACAGUUUGUAUAACUAGUUGCAUAUAGCGGGCAACGGAUUUUUAAGCACUUGAGCAGUUUAACGAGUGUUUUUUUGACGGAUAAGUUUAACGAGUGUGGUGACAUACACUCAGUUCAGUACUUCAAUAUAUGCUUUGAAGAAAAAUAUAGGUACCUAAUGCAAGGGAAGGCGCAAAUGACAUGAUUGACCACUCAACAACACAGUUCUGUGGUCGAUUAUAACAUUACAAAAAUUUGAGUUGCUAAGUUGGAGCUGUCAAAAUGUUAGUGUCGAUUAUAACAUUACAUUUCUGUUGCUGAAAUGGUGCUGUCAAAGUGUCAAGUGUGGAGAAGUGUGAGGAAGCCACUUCUUCCAGCCGAUAAGGACAAGAUUCAAGAGGUCGAUGAAUCAAAAUAGAUCAUGGUUGGAAUAUGUGCCUCUCUUCUUUGGUGAAUAGCUUCUGAAACUGACAAGAGAUUAUCUCCACAUAUGUGGAGAUCUGAUCAGCAAGGUUUAAUUUAGGCUUGAUGUUGUACUGAAAGAAAGUCUUUAAAAAAAUGCAUUGCUGGUACCACUGGUAACGCUUAUUCACAGGCACAAUCUUCUCUGUCCAAAGUAUACCGUCUUAUGGUGGAACUGGAGAGAAGACAAUAAUAUUCUUAAAUCGUU